AUGGAUCCUUCGAUUUUUCCUGAAGAAAUUUGGAUAAAAAUUUUAUUGUAUUGUGAUGUACCUGAUAUUAUUGCAUUCGGUAGUACGUGCAAAUAUUUAAGAAAAACUUCAAAUACUGAUUACUUGUGGAAAAUGAAGUGGUUACAAUUGAUAUCAAAAGUACACUUUAGAUUUUUAGAUAUGAAAUGUCUGCAGUUACUUAGUGUCAGCUUUAAAGCAAUGUGUUAUAGAUUAUAUAUGGUAAUUACAUUAGGUGAAAAUGUUCAUUUCCCAAAAUGUCGUCAUUGCAGUGGUUAUACAUGUCAAAGAAGUUGUGUUGAAGGUUCUAGUGCAAAAGUAGUAAUUGAAAUUGGAAAUAAAUAUACAUGGGUUAUUACACCACAUUUUGAAUUGAGAAGACAUUUUUCAAUGUUUGGUGUACCUAAAUAUAAUAAUGAAACAUAUUUGGAACAAACACAAAAUGUUCCAAGCAGUAGUACACGUCCAAAAAGUGAUGGUAAAUCACUAGUUAAGAAGUUGAAAUUAUCUGAAUUAGCAACUGCUAAAAUUCCUAGACCUAGUGGUCCAUUUUGUGUUUUUUGUAACUCUGUGAAAUUAUAUAGAGAAAAAAAGAGAUUAAUUACUCAUCAAAAUGAUCCAACAUAUUAUGCAAGACCAAAUCCAAUUUAUGAAAAACUUAUAAAUGGAUAUUGCACUGAUACUGUUGAAGUACUUGGAAUUCCAAAUGUUGAUCUUGUUAGUCCAGCAGAAGCAUUGUUAAGUGAAGGAACAUUUCCUGUUCUUAAAACAUUUGUUGAUCAUUUAUUUCAUCAAAUGGGAUUAACUUCAACAUUAAGAAAACCCAAUGCAGUACUCAUGUUUAGUGAACCAUUAGCUAUGCAUCCAAUACUCAGAAAACAAUUAUUGCAUUACUUGUUUCAAGAAGUUAAAGUAUCAAGGGUAUGUCUGGUUCCUAAACCUUUAGCAGCAUGUGCGAUGCUAGAUGUGGAAACUUGUGUAGUAGUUGAUAGUGGUGCUUUAAGUACAACGGUAGCUGUUGUAAUUGGUGGACGUGUUAUACCACAACGUUGGAGAUUAUUGCCUAUUGGUGGUUGGCAUGUAGCUUAUCAUUUAAAACAAGCUAUGAAGUGGUAUCUAAAUGAAUGUUAUCAAAUUCCUAUAUCAUAUCUGGACACAUUAACAAUUAAAGAAAAAUGUAGACUAAGUUAUAAUAUUAAAAAUGAAGAAAGAAGGGUUGGACAAAAAACUGGAGAAUGUAUUCAAAUUAGAGUUCGAAGUAAAAAAGUUACUGAUAAUAAACAAUUUUUGAGAGUUUAUGCUGGUCCAGAGUUAUAUGUUGCUCCUGAAAUGAUGUAUAUCAACCUUGAUUUACCCCAAGUGAUAAAAGAUGUAACAUCUGGUUUAUCAGAAGAAAUACUGCAUGAUUGCCUUUCACACAUAUUACUUACUGGAGGCAACACACAUCUUUCAGGUUUUGAAUUAAGAUUAAUUAGAGAUUUACGAGAAUUAUUACCAGAGCACAGCAAAAUCUUAGAAGUAAUAAGUUGUCCUGGUACUCACAGUUGGAAUGUUGCAAUGGGUUCUACAUAUGUACCUUUAGCUGUACAUCCUGACAAAACACCACCAGAAUAUAUAGAGGGUAAUCUAUUUUGGUUAUCAAGAGAAGAAUAUGUUUUAUUUGGAUGUGAAUCAUUGGAGCAGUAAAACUGUAAUAGGUGAUUUUUUACAAUGCCAAUACCUCACUUAUUAUAUAAAUGCAAAAUUGCAUAUAUAAAACUGUUGAGAAAGUAAAAGAAAAAGCAUCAUGAAGAAAAUCUUUUCAUGAAUUGCUUUUAAAUUAGAUGCAAAAUAUAACCAUAGAUAAUUGGAGGGACUUCCCAAGAUAAGGUGCUUGGAUAAAAAUAAACAUUGAUACUUCUGGGGCCCAUUUUAUCUUACAAGGAAGCAGAAUAUGUAAGCUCUCCCAAUAUGUAUCCAAUGAAUACUUGGGUAGACAUACAUUUCCACACCUAUAUUGUUAUAUUUGUGCCUAUUGUGCACUUUGUUUUUAUUACAUCAUUAUUAAUUUAACAGUCGACUACAACUUUCUAAAACCAUUAGAUAUUAAUAUAUGUAAUUACAAAAUUUUCUAAUUCCCUUCCAUGUUUCCCUGAUAUCUUAUAAUGUCAUUGGUAAUUAAAACCUCAGCUGAUCUCUUAAUACUGCUAAGAUUUCUUAAUUCAAAUAAUAGUAACUUAGAUACAAUUAUUUC